AUACACUGUAGAAAAAAAUUCCAACUCUCGGUGCCAUUGAAGGACAUCCCAGAGCCCAUAAUCAACCGUAUAUUUUACAACUAAUAAUCACUUGAAAUACGAUUGCCAUCAUUACAGGAAUACUCAGUUCAGGUGACAUUCCGGGAGCAGUGGAAUGACAACCGACUUCAGUUCGAUGAUAUGCAGGGAAAGAUCCAGUAUUUGGUGUUAACGGAUCCAAAUAGGAUCUGGAAACCCGACCUCUUUUUUUCCAACGAGAAGAAGGGCCACUUUCACGAGAUAAUUAUGCCAAACGUUUUGCUCCGUAUUUAUCCCAAUGGGAACGUCUUGUUUUCUAUUCGCAUCUCAUUAGUACUCUCAUGUCCAAUGGAUCUCAAAUACUACCCGUUAGACCGGCAAACCUGCUCUAUACAAAUGGCCAGUUACGGCUAUACGACCGACGACUUGGUAUUUAUGUGGAAAGAGGGCGAUCCGGUACAAGUGACCAAGAGUCUCAAUUUGCCACGAUUUACGCUACAAAAAUAUCUCACCAAAUACUGCACAAGUAGAACCAAUACAGGCGAAUACAGUUGCCUGAAAGUGGACCUACUGUUCAAACGGGAGUUCUCCUACUAUUUGAUCCAGAUCUACAUCCCGUGCGCCAUGCUCAUAUUUGUCUCGUGGGUGUCCUUCUGGUUGGACCCGAACGCCACAGUGGCCCGGGUGUCGCUCGGCGUGACCACACUGUUGUCAAUGGCCACACAGAUAUCGGGUAUCAACGCCUCGCAGCCGCCCGUCUCGUACACCAAAGCCAUAGACGUGUGGACGGGAGCGUGUUUGACGUUCGUGUUCGGGGCGUUGUUGGAGUUCGCCCUGGUCAAUUACGCCUCCCGCAGCGAUGUCCAUCAGGCGGCCGCCAAACAGCAGCAACAGAUACAGCAACGACAGGCCAAAUGGGCGGUCGAGCACAACAUCGAGGACGGCACCGGUCGCACCGAUGAGGGCACUUAUGGCCUGCGGGGCGACGGCUACCGGAGCUGCGAAAUACACGCCAAACCCCAUAAGCGUCGGAAUUGGUGUAAGAGAUGGCUCUCGAAAUUUCCGACCCGUUCUAAGCGUAUUGAUAUCAUCUCAAGAAUAUUCUUCCCCUUUGCGUUUGCGUUAUUUAAUUUGGUUUAUUGGACCACAUAUUUGUUUAGGGAUGAUCUCCAAACGCCUAUUAAAUAGGUGUUAAAUACUAUACUUUUACUUAUGUUUUUGUUUGACCAUGGUGUUUUUUGUUUCCAUUGUAUUUUUCACGCGCUAUUUUAGUUGUCAUUUUAGUCAAGUGUAGUUUUAUGUAAUCAUUUUUCUAGUUGUUUAAUAAUGUUAAAUUCCUCUCUCUCUCUCUCUCUC